AUGAAAGUUAACUGGUCAGUAUUCAAGUUAUGGCUGACUUUUGGUGCUUCAUUAGCGUUCUUGAUCAUUGGCUUGGUGAGAGGUUACUCAGCGUCAGCUAUACCAUCGAUUGAAGCUAUAGAUCCUGAAAUGAUACAGAGUAACGAACGAAAGUCUUGGAUGGGUGCUAUUCCACCAUUAGGCGCUUUUGUAGGAAGUCUGUUAUCUGGAACACUGAUGCAGCGUGCCGGUCGUAAGAGGGCGCUGCAACUCACUGCUCCAUUGUGGGUCGCAUCUUGGCUCCUGAUCGGCUUCACUAAAUAUUUUGCUCUUGUUUUGGUGGGCAGGUGGCUGUCCGGCCUUUGUGUUGGUUUCAUUUUAGCACCAGCACAAGUAUAUGUGAGCGAAUGCUGUGACCCUGAAAUACGUGGCCGUCUGGGCUCUUUGCCGACGUUAUCCAUGUCGUUGGGGAUCUUGCUGUCGUACAUCGCAGGCAACUGGCUGUACUGGAGAUACUUGGCGUUUUUCUCAUGCAUAUUUUGUGUGGCAUUAUUUCUGGUUUUGCUGCCAUUACCAGAGUCACCAGUAUGGUUAGAAUCUCAAGGGGCAGAUCCUUCGCAAGCAGUUAAAUGGCUCCAUCUAUCAUCUCGAGCAACAGCUACUGUUAAAGAAAAUUCAGAGAAAGGUGAAGUUGCAUCACCCCCGUCAAGUUUGUUCACGCGCAAAGUUUUCUUCUCUUCUGUAGUGAUAAAACCUCUAAUAGUGGGCUUUGCUUUGCUUUUCUUCCAGCAGUUUAGCGGCAUAGAUGCCGUGAUUUUCUUCACUGUCGAAAUAUUUGAAUCUUCAGGUAGCAAAUUAAACGCUAUGACGGCUACUAUAGUCGUUGGCUUAGUCCAGCUUGUCAUGAAUGGCGUCAGUACUAUGCUGGUGGACCGCGCAGGUCGGCGACCCCUACUGUUAAUAUCGGCUGCCAUCAUGUGUGUGUCUAUGGCAUCUAUGGGUGCUGCAUUUUAUUUUGAAUUCGAGAACAGCACUUGGUUAGGGUAUCUCCCCAUCGGUAGCCUGGUGACAUUUAUGAUCGGCUUCUCACUUGGUUUCGGUGGGUUGCCGUUUCUGCUCCUCGGGGAACUGUUCCCUACACAUUACCGGUCGCAGCUGUCCGCUAUGGCCAGUUCUGUCAACCUGCUCUCUAUGUUCACCGUCAUUAAGACAUAUCAUGCACUCGAGACGGUGUUAACGUCAGCGGGCACGUUUUGGAUGUACUCGUGUUUUUGCUCUCUCGCCUUCAUCUUCGUUUUGUUCGUGGUGCCCGAGACUAAGGGCAAAUCUUUAGCUGAAAUCGAACAACAUUUUCGCGGCUCAAAGGAAAAAGACGCAGUCAAUAUGCAAACAGUAUCUAGCGUAUCUUAG